AUGGCUCUUCACCCGUUUCUCACUUCUUUUACAACGGAUCAUUUCAUGAAACGGGUCUAUUUUGAUCUCAACUCUUCAUUUAUCCCUCUUACUGUAAAAGUAAAUUGCGUUGCAAUCGUGUCAAAUCAAACUAUUAUACGACGAUCUGGAAAUUACCAGCCUCCUAUUUGGAAACAUGAGUACAUUCAAUCAUUAAAUAGUGAAUUUAAGGGAGAAAUAUAUGUAGAACGCUUCAAUGAGCUAAAGAAAGAGGUAGAUGUGAUGAUAAACCAAAUAAUAGACGAUCCUCUAAAGAAUCUCGAGCUGAUCGAUACCUUACAACGACUUGGAAUUUCAUACCAUUUUGAGAAUGAGAUCAAUGAUUUGUUGAAAAGAACAUAUGAGAAGAGCUAUGAAAGUGAUGAUUGGAAAAAGAAUAAUCUAUAUGCAACCUCACUUGAAUUUAGAAUUCUAAGACAACAUGGACUCAGUGUUUCACAAGAGGUUUUCAAUAACUUCAAGGAUGAGACGAAAUUUUUUAGCAAACAACUCUACGAGGAUUUAAAUGGAAUAUUAUCUUUGUAUGAAGCUUCAUUUUUAUGUACAGAAGGGGAGAACAUUUUAGAGACAGCAAAACAUUUUACAAUAAACUAUUUGGAAAAUUAUAUGAGAUCUUGCAAGGAUGAAUAUGAAGCAUCCAUUAUUAGACAUGCGUUGGAGCUUCCCAUACAUUGGCGACUUUCAAGAUUGGAUACAAGAUGGUUCAUUGAUAUCUACGAGAGAAAAGAGGAUAUGAACCCUAUUCUUCUCGAACUUGCUAAAUUAGAUUUCAAUCGAGUGCAAUCUAUCCACCAAGAAGAUCUAAAAUACGCAUCAAGUUGGUGGAGGAGUACUGGAUUUGGCAAAAAGUUGAGCUUUGCAAGAGAUAGAUUGAUGGAAAAUUUCUUUUGGACCGUGGGUGUUGGAUUUGAACCUGAACUCUCAUAUUUUAGAAGAAUGGGCGUAAAAAUUAAUGCAUUGACCACAAGUAUAGAUGACGUUUAUGAUAUCUAUGGCACAUUAGAUGAACUCGAACUCUUUACCGAUGCUGUAGAGAGGUGGGAUGUUGGCGCAGUGGAUCAACUUCCUGACUAUAUGAAAAUAUGUUUUUUUGUUCUUCACAAUUCUAUAAAUGAGAUGGCUUUUGACGCACUAAGAGACAAAGGAACUAACGUGAUCCAAUACCUUAAGAAAUUGUGGGUAGAUUUGUGUAAAGCUUAUAUGUUGGAGGCUAGGUGGUAUCACUCGAGAUAUAAACCAACCUUGGAAGAAUAUCUAGACAAUGCGUGGAUUUCAAUAUCAGGACCAGUUAUAUUAAUUCAUGCAUAUGUUUUCGUGACAUCCCCAACGCUCCAAGACAUGGAGAGCUUGGUAGAAUAUGCUGAUAUAAUUCGUUGGUCUUCGACAAUUGUGCGACUUGCUGAUGAUCUAGGAACAUCAUCGGAUGAAAUAAAAAGAGGUGAUAUUCCAAAAUCAGUACAAUGUUACAUGAAUGACACAGGAGCUUCAGAGAGUAAAGCUCGUGAACAUGUUAGGCAUUUGAUUGAUGAGACAUGGAAGAAGCUAAAUAAGAUUGAUGUCGAGAACUCUGUCUUCCCUCCUGUGUUCAUCAAGAUAGCUAAAAAUCUUGCUAAAAUGGCUCAAUGCAUCUAUCAACAUGGAGAUGGACAUGGUCUAGGACACCAAGAAACAAAUGAAGAUAUAGCGUCUUUACUUAUUCGACCUAUUUCCAUUCGUUCAUAUAGUGGAUAA